UACACCGCCAGUUCUGCUUUAUCCGUCCGGACCGACUCGACAGCGAAUUAACGAAAGGGUACGGGUGUUGUGGAAGUGGGCUAUGAAGAGUAAUGGGAGCGCAGGAGAGAUAUAUGAACGCAAUCGACAGGCCGACACAGAUGACGUCUCCUCCCCAGCUCUUCUCUGAUUGGUCGAACCUGUCGUCAUUCAGCGGCAACGCAUGUCGUCACACAGGAACCAAAGGAGGCGGUCGAACCAAGAUGGCGUUCCGCGAUGAAGCAGGAAAUAUACUCGGUUUUCAGUAGAUCUCCUCAUCUGAGAGCGUCGACCGGAGCUUUUAUGUCCAAGGACAAGUGAGAGACCUAUUUGGAGACUGAAGACAGAGCAGAUACGGUUACUCUAAAUGGCUGCGAGGAAGUCUGGAUCAGAUAUCCACAACAACGGACCUGUCAGCUACCUUGAUGAUGUUCCUUUUAAGAUCAAUGAGAAGUUCCGCUGUCCCUCAAAAGUGGGUCUUCCCAUUGGAUUCUGUUUGUCUGAUUGUAAUGCCAUACUUUCGGAUCUGCAAUAUGACUUUAGUCUAGAGAGACGAAGCGUUCAGUGGGGGGAAGAGCUUGCCAAAGCGCGAGCUGCUGAGGCUCGAGCAGCAGAAGCUGCCCGAACAGACUCUGAAAACGAAAGGCAGGCUGCUGCUCAGGAAGCGGAUGUUGGAUUGGUUGGGGGGAAGAAAGCACGUCCCUCCGAUGAGCAGGACGUUGUCCCACCGGCAUUGAACCCCGUUUUAGCUGGCCUGCGGCAUAACGCAAUCCUCACGCCUCUCCCAGCCCCAUCUUUUGGACCGACACGACCAGCACCUAGCAACCCAGCCCCCCAGAGUCUAAACUUAGCUGACUUUGAACGAGAGGAGGACCCUUUUGACAAACUAGAGCUUAAAACACUGGACGACAAAGAGGAGUUGCGGAAUAUUCUGCAGAGCCAACCGCAGUCGUCCGUUUCGCAGCCUCAGCUUCCUCCAGUAGAACAUCGCCCCGCUUCUCCCAGCGAUACGCCUCCUCUUCAGGCCAAAGCAGGAAUCUUCCAUAAACCCAAUGGACUGGUUGGACUGCUGGACUUAGACCGGGGUGGGGUUGUGACCCCCCAUGGACAGAUUGAUGCAGACCGCCCAUGUAACAUUCGCUCACUGACUUUCCCCAAGCUUUCAGACCCAGGUGACUCUCCCUCAGAACCGACUUUCAGCAUUUACCCAGCAGCCCAACCACGCAGCCUAUCCAAUGGCACUCCACCAUCUCUGCAGAGAACGGCAUCAAGUACCAACACAACACUCCCACAAGAGCAACCUGUCUUCCCUCAGAAUGGGACACAAAAGCAGUCAAACCAGGUCACAGCGACUAACCAUCCACCUGCUACCACAAUCCUGCACGGCCUCUCUCCCAGCGAAAGACAGUGUGUGGAGACGAUUGUGGGCAUGGGUUAUUCAUAUGAGGGUGUACUCAAAGCCAUGCAGAGACAAGGACAGAAUGUGGAACAGGUGCUGGAAUACCUGUUUACUCACAGUCGACUGUGCGAUAGAGGUUUUGAUGCGACUGCUGUGGAGGAGUGCUUGGAGAUGUACCAGGGUUCAGAGGAAAAGUCUUUGGAGUUUCUGCAGCUGAUGUCUCGGUUUGGAGAAAUGGGCUUUGAGAGGGACACAAUUAAAGAGGUACUGCUCGUGCACAAUAAUGACCAGGACAAGGCACUAGAGGAUCUGAUGGCCCGUGCAGCUGCGAGCUGAGCCCAAAGAGUCUCCCCUCCUCGAGCCAGCUCUCCUUUGGCCCUCGGAGGGGUUCUGGCUGUGGAAGGAUGGGAUUCUUUUAUCUCUAAGACAAGACGACUGAUUUUGUACCCUAAUAAAGAUAUACCUCUUGAGGUAGGGAUUGACUGCACCACCCAACAGUGCAUUCAUCCCUCCUCAGCUGUAUGUCUGUUAAGUGAUCUUAGAAUGGUGUUGAGUGGAAGGAGCUGACUACUCCUCCAAGAAUCGGCAUUGGUUAGUGUCUCUAUUGCCAUGGUGACGGGCUAGAAUGGGCGUUGCUGGAUGAACAGAACCAAGCCGAGCCCCACUGACAGAAUACUGGGCCGGAAUGACACUCAAAGCUAUUACGCUGCCAUCUCCCGCUGCUGGAUACAGGCUUUCGAAACUGAAACCUGAACGCUCAUAAACUCAACCCAUGGCAGAACAGAGACCCCACAGAAGUGCCCUCUCUCUAUUCUGUCUCUGCUGUUCAUACAUUGUUUAUACGUUUCGACAGGCGGAAACACUUUAUCUUUCUUCACUUGUCCUUUUUGAGAUUGUGUUUCUUUGCUCUUUGUUUAGGAACUGCUUUAACAGUACUAAUAAUCAUUACGUAAGUUCACAGAAAACAAAAAAACUGCAGUAAACUUUUGCCCAGUUGGCUUUUGCACUGGAAUGAACACAUUUGGCAAGAGAAAUUGGCAAGUUCGGCUGGAGCUGCAAAAUUUAAACCAUGCCGCCAAAUUUUCAAAAAUUGACAUGCAAAUACUGCACAGGCACACUGAAUCACAGAUGUUAAUAUAAACAUAUUUAAAAAUCUGUAAAGAUACACUGUUGGUUUCCAUCUGUAAUAAAGAAAUUGAGAAACUUAA